ACUGAAUCCACGACCCGCAGCCCUAGCUACCUACUGUAGCAAUACCCGCAUUUACUAUAUGAUAUUAUGCAUCAUACCUCUAUAUUGCUGUGAAUACAGAACAUUAGCCCCAGUCUCAUCCGGCCUGGACAGGCACUUCUCGACAGCUUCUUCUCCUUCACCGUCCUUCCUUCAUUACCUCCCUCCUUUCUCUCCUUUAUCUCCACAGAACCACUCCUCUAUCCACAGACCAGUCAACAGAGCGACGAACGACCCAAGAUGUCGGCCCGAACACUGGCGUCCCGCCACUUAUUGGCCCCUCUCUCCCGCCUUUCGCGCCCAUACUCCUCCUCUUCCUCUACCAAGAACAGCCUCCCGCCCACCAAGCGCCUCCUCCAAACCGCCACAUCCCCCAACCCCAGCAUCCCCUUCCCGCCCGACCUACCGACCACCACCAUGGCCCCUGCCCCCGCAACUGCGCGCACGAAAAAGCCCCUCCGCCCCCGUAAAUCCGCAAUAACCCUCACCCCCUCCGCCAUCCAGCACCUCCGUGCCCUCCUCGCUCAGCCAUCACCCCAACUAAUCCGCAUUGGGGUCAAGAAUCGCGGCUGCUCGGGCCUCGCCUACCACCUCGAGUAUGUCGACCGGCCCGGCAAGUUUGACGAGGAGGUGGUGCAGGACGGGGUUAAAGUGCUCAUCGAUUCCAAAGCGCUCUUCAGCAUUAUUGGCAGCGAGAUGGAUUGGAUUGAGGAUAGGAUUAGCGCAAAGUUUGUGUUUCGAAAUCCGAAUAUUAGUGAGUUUUUGCCCUUUCCCCCCCCCUUGCUUUUGGAGGGCUGAUGGGUUAUUCUAGAGGAACAGUGUGGCUGUGGGGAGAGCUUUUCGGUUGGUUAGGUCGGAAUAAACGAACAUGUUGGAAGCUGGGUUUCCCGCCCGAUGGAUAG